AUGAGUGUCUUGGAAGAAUUCAAGUCAAGAAACUUUACUCUUUAUGCACAAUGGGGAGGUGUUGUAUCUAUUAUACUCUUGGUGAUAUUGGGUGCUAUUACCUUUCUUGGCAAUAUUCCGUUUUCAAUUCUUGGUUGGAUUUUCGCUUUUGUAUUGGUAUUUGUUGAAAUACCAUUAUGUAUCAAGUUCUGUCCUACCAGUCCUCGAUUUGAUUCGUUUGUCUCGAGCUUUGAAAAUUCAUAUUUGCGUGCGGGCUUAUAUCUUGUGAUGGCGAUCGUCAUGUUUUUGGCUAAUACGAUCAAUACAGGACUUCUCAAUUUACCAGCAGUGAUUUUACUCUUGACAUCUUUUUGUUACUUGAUUGCUGCUGUCAAACAACAAAGUCAUGCAAGUUCUAAACUCUUGGGUGGUGGUGGUGUGGAUAAUGUAGUAUAG